UUUAGUUCAGUAAAAAUGUGCCUAAUGCAGAGACUGUUAUGGCUUUACUAGUGAAUGUUAUGGCUUUAGAACUAGUAAAGAUGUUUCAUGCUAAGGUUCAUGUCUUUCUUAAGGUUCUACUUCCACAACCCUUUUUGAGGGGAAAAAAAACCACCGUGUCCCCUCUGCAUCUGCUGUGCUACGUGACAGCAACCUUUUCCAAAUGGCUGGCCGAAUGAUAGGUCAUUCUUUUGUCCAUGGAGGUCCUUGUCUUUCUGGACUGAGCUUACCAUUGGUAAUCCUCCUAACUGGAGGUAGUUCAGACAGUGCGGCUUCAGCUCUAGAGCUGCAGGAUUGCCCUGAUUUAGACCACCGGGAAACCAUUAGUUUGCUCAAGAAAACAGAACUCACUGAACAAGAAAGUACAAGAUUAACUGACCUUUGCCUGUUCUGGGAUCUCCCUGUUCCGUCUUCUUCUAAUCGAGACUGGCUGUUUCAACAGCUGUUGUCACACGCCGUACUUGGACGUAUCAAAAGCCAGGUUAAAGAUCUCAGGAAAGGUCUCAAAGAGACUGGAAUCUGGCCACUACUAUCCCAAAGACUUGACUGUCACCAAGUAGUUUUCCCAAGGGAGUCAGAAAUGGACAUUACAGCACAAACAGUCCUUCAGAAAAUUGCAUGGCCCAAGCCUGUGGAUGAUGAUGAGGACAAGGAUGACUGCAUUGCUGUUGAAAUAAUGAGCAUCAUCACAAGCUACAUGCGACGAUUUAUUGAAGAAGUGCAAUAA